AUGGCGACUCUGUUCACACUGAAGAUGCAGCUGCAGGGACUGAAUGAGGAAUUUUUCAGCAGAAACUGCAUUGCAGAAGAAAACCGAUUUCGUGAACACUCUGCUGCUGUGAAAAUCCAGAGUUGUUUCAGAGGGUUUAAGGUUCGAGCACACAUCAGAUAUGUACAGAAAGUAGCAAUCUUCAUACAGAAAACGUGGAGAGGUUAUCGGAGUAGAAUGGAUUUCAGAACCAUGGUGCAGAGAGCAUAUUUUAUUAUGAAGAUGAAUUUCUACAAUGAAAUGGCUGUCAGGAUCCAGAGAAGGUGGCGUGGAUAUUAUGUUCGAAAGUGCAUCCAUAAUUACUAUGACAUGAAAAAGUAUUUCAAAUGUCUUAGUGUGAAAAAUGAGAUUGUAAGGAAAGAACUGGAGGAGUAUGAAGAGACAAAGAAGAAGGAACAGGAAAAGAAAGCAAUAGAAGAGGAAGAGAGAAGAAAGCAUUACCAAGCCCGAAAGAUGCAUUACCUCCUCAGCACUGAGCAGCUUCCAGGUAUAUAUAACUCUCCAUAUUUGCUGUGCCCAAAUGAGAUGGAGUGCAGGUUGCAACAAGUCAGGCCAUUGACUCCCAAUGCAUCUCGGAAAAAGGACAUCACUGAGGAUCUUGUGGAUCCAUCAAUACCUGAAAUUCCAUGCACCUCUCCUCAGUUAGGGCUACUGCCACCUGUAGGCAGGAAGAAACCACAGGGUCCCUUCCGUGAUACUGCUGAAGUAUUGCAACAGCGCUACAAGCCUUUGGAGCCAACCUUGCGGGUGGCGACAUCAAUCAUGUCUGAGAAGGAGGCCAGAGAGGAGAUGAAAAGAGAAGAAUGGAGAAAUCGUAUACAUGAUGAUAUAUUCCUGCCAUUCAGCAAUACAAAUAGAUACAGAACCUAUGAGCCGCUUCUUCAUACCAGCACCAAAUAUGAACCUAUUGCUUAUGGAACUAAGCAUUUUAGAGCAACUGAAGACAUGCCAAGCAAGAAUAAGCCAUUCAGAACUGUUUUUAAAUCCAUUCACCUUUUUGAGAAGUUUCAAAAAUCCUAUUCCAAAGCUGGACAAGUGUGCUAAGGAUGACGGGGAUUCUGUUACACUUCCUGCUAUAAUGUGAUAGGAACAACAAUUGUUUCAUUCAUUUUUGAUAAGUGAACGCUAUUUGAGAAAUGAAAAAAAUUGUAAACUCCCCAGUAUUAACAUCAUCUUACAGAAAAUGUACUAAUGCAUUAAAAAUAUAUGAGCGAUGUACUUGUGAUUCACAUGGUAAUGUUUUGUUUUGAAUGUGUUAAUUUUGAGUAUGGUUGCUAAAUUAAGUUUUUUUUUCUCUUCAAUUUUCAUUAGUACCUUUAAAGCUAUUGAAACUCUCACCAUUAUACAAUUAGUGUAACAAUUGGUUUAAGUGCAGCCAUUUUUGGAUUUGUAGAAACUGUUGCAGAAUUAUUAUAUUUUUCUAAUUAUCUAUUAUCUUCAAAAUACUGCAUAUUUUUAAAUGAUACUGACCAAACAAAAUUGAAAAUAUUGAGUGCAUGGCAAUCUUUUAAUGGUAUCUAAAUUGUAGUCUAUUCAAGUAUUAAUACUUUUACUGUUAGGAGCAUUAAAAUACACAUUGUUAAUGAUUUGAUUAAUAUUAUUGCAAUUGAUCCAGACUUAGUUGAAUUUUGAUGAGAAUGUCAGCACAUAACUAAUUUACACCACUUUAUGUCUUUUCUAUCCUUGUAAAGGUGUUAAUGAUCUCGAUUGUAGCAUCUUAAAUAAUUUUUAAAAAUGAUAGCUGAUGCAGCUUUACGGUUGCAGCAAGAGACAUCUUUAGCUCUUCUACUUGAGUGACAUGCUUAUGCACUAAAGGUUUAAUUGAGUAUUUUAUCCCAAAUUGUUAAAGAAAUCAACGAGAAAUGAACUGGUCUUUGACUGCUGCAGUACUGCUGUCAUGUCUUUGACCACCUUUAGGGAAUCUCCUAAAUGCUGAAAGAUCUUUAUAAAUUUCAUCAAAUCAUUUCUGUCACUUUUUUUUACAAAGAAAGGAUUUUCCAUAAACAGUAAUGUUUAAUAUUUUAAUCUUUAUCUGGGAAUUUAAGUAUUUUCUGGGCCAAAACAAAAAUGAUGAUCUUAAGUAAAUAUUGAAGAAAAAAUACAGCAAGACAUUCAGGAAUCAAAAGAGAAAACGAACAGAUUAAUCUUUUGGAUAAAGAUGUUUGACAAAAUUUAAAAUAAUUUUGUAUAAGUUGUUCCACUUCACAAAUACUAUCAUGGCAUGCAAAGGGUUAACACAAACUGACAUUUGGAGCAAAAUGCGUAAAUUAUAUGUUAGGUUGACCUUUGAAUACUGUGCCAACUAAAUAUACAUACGCUUGCUAUUGCAAAAAUUAUAUUGAGCCACUCUCUUUAUCCGAGUCAAAGUUCUGAAAGAUUAUAGAAUUUAUUAACAGUACACUGAUUUUUUUAGAACAAAAAAAUUGCUUUUAUCAUUGAUUAAAACUACACUUAAUAUCGGAAUGUUACUUCAAAAAAGUUCAUUUUCACAGCAUGUGUUCCUUGGAGAAAUGAUUGUGAAAUGGUUCUGCUGUACUUUUGUGGAUUCUUUCUAAAUUAAAGGCUGGACCACUGUUGAAAAUAAAUGUACUUUAAUUUCAGAGAGUGAAAAGGCGAACCCAAGCUGAACCCCUAUUGAGAUUUAAUUUUAGAAAAUAAUUCUGAGUGCUUUAUUCUAUAUGGGAGCUGAGCAGCAGCCAUACACAAAGCUGGACAGACUGUUGAUGAA